GUCGCAACGUGAACACUGAUCAUACAAGUCUUGCUGGCACGCCUGGCAGUCGCAACGUGAACACUGAUCAUACAAGUCCUGCUGGCACGCCUGGCAGUCGGAUUGUGACUGAUGGUUUUAUAAGUGCUACUCGUAGUAAGGCUGUGAACAAAGAUCUUUUAAGUUCGGUGAAAGAUAGAAUGACAAAAAGUCAUCAUACGAAUUCACCACUUGUGCAUCCCAUACGUGCAAUACUUGGUUACAGUGGAGUAAACGACCGAAAAACUGAACCUAGUCUUGCCAAUACAGUAAUGAGGCAUAUGGAAUCCGCUGUGCAGAAAGUACGGAAUGGGGAAGGUGAUGUUGAUGAUGUUGCUCGGGAAUUCGGAUUGCCGCCGUCGUUGUUGCAUGACUAUUUAAACGGGACAUGCAGUUAUCAAGUACUCUCCACUAAUUGUACAGUGCAGCCAGGACUGUUUGACUUUGAGGAGCAGAGUGUUGUUCAGUUUUUACAGUACAUGGAUUGCUGCGGAUUCCCCAUCUCGAUCAAACUCGUGAAUUCUGCUGUCCUCACUGUAAUACGGAGGUCGGGUUUGUUAAAUCGGUCCAAGAUUUCCUCUGACAAGGGUCCCAUGGAGAGAUGGUGUCGUAGCUUUUUGCAGAGACAUUGUUCAAAUCUGUUGGGGAAGAUCACAUCUAUGGACGGGAAAGCAGCGUUGGCAGAUUGCAGAAAAGCAGAUGGAGCGUUACAUUCAUCUCCUGAACUUCAUGAUACAGGAGCAUGGUUUGGGAGACUCACCAGGUCAGAUUUACAACUGCGGAGAACUGAGACUGGCCGGGGAGAUAGUUGUGCGUAAUCGCUUGAGAUCUCGCUACAAGCACGCACCAAGAAUAGCCGCCCAUUCCACGCAGUACAUGUGCGUCUCCGCUUCUGGACGAAUACUGCUACCUUUCAUUGUCUUACCCAAAUUGUCCGAAACUGCAAUUGCUGAGAGUUCUUGCAAGAACUGGGUCCUGGAAACAAGUUUCGACAGCACGAUGAACGAAGAACUGUUCCGAAAAUGGUUCAAGAAGGUGUUCUUGCCACAUUGCAGCUAUGAGACGAAGAACAAGCCAGUCCUCAUUAUCAUGGAUAAUAGUUCCAGUGUUCUCACACCAGACAUAGUUGAAUUGGCCAUCCUGAACAAUGUGCAUUUUCUCUAUAGCCCCGAGCAGUUGAAGUCAAAACUCCAACCUCUGGGCUACAAUAUUUUCGAUCUUCUAAAACAGAGAAUGAUUGACGAGAUAAGACGAAGACACCCAUCGUGCGAGGACAUCAGAGCAUGCAGGUGCUCGCAGGAGGACAUCCCCUCUGUCUUUGGAACUGCAGCGUCCUUGAUUUCUGCAACUGACAUCCAAACGGCUUUUUGCGAAACUGGCAUAUAUCCGUUUAACUAUGAUUUUCUGAGCAGUCUUGCUCCAGCGAACACGUCUGUCUAUGUGUACCGUGUCCAAGACAUUGUGACGAUGGGAACUCAGCAAGCCUCUCAUGUGAACACGUUGUUAGGAGGCGCACAGACAAACGCCGCAUUGGAGGGGCCUGCUGUUUCCAGGGCUCGGACAGCAGGGGGUUCUGGUACAAAGACUGAGGAGAAUGACAGCAUAAAGAAGGAAGGGGAGGAGAACAUGAAGACAGUGGGAGGAGCCUCAGAUGUGUCAGACACAGAAGGGGGCGGAUGCCCACUGUGUGGUGUACUGUACUCAGACAGGGAAGACUGGAUAGCGUGUGACCAGUGUGACAGAUGGGUGUGCCAGCAGUGUUCAGGGGUCAGUUUGGCAGCAUGGAGGGCAGUCUCUCAAACUAAGGCACAAUGGAUUUGUCACAGCUGCACAGCGUAAUUCUAUCCUAUACACUUGCCUGACAUUACUUCCUUACCAUACUUCUCAAACUAGAGUAUAGGAGAAGAUCACACAGCUGUGGGUCAUGUGUCAUGAAGACUUGAUAAUAUCACAGUUGCCGACUUCAUCUGACAUGGUUUAAGAUCACGUGACGGAUGAUGAAAGUCAGUCAGUCUGGCUUUCAUCGAAGAGAUAGAAGGUACGUCCAGCCUAAUGAGCAGUCUAACGAGAACCUGGGCUUGUUACCUGAAGAUAUCAGACUGUCAGUAUGGGCGUGUCAUCCUGGUACAGAUGAAGACGGCAGACAUGGCUGUGGAAGAGCAAAUGUGGUGAAAUGACGGGAUAAGUUCUAAAUGCUAUCCAAGUUAAAGAACAUAAAGGCUAGUUCAAUUCAGUUAAACGUUCAGGUCUACUUUCGACAAUUUCUGAUAUUCACCUGCCUAAACAUUUAAGGUUUAAUCGUUAAAUUCAAAAACUUAGUGGGUUCAUUCUGCAACACACUUUGUGGAGCAAAAUGGGUUAGUAAAUCCACACUAAAACAGUAGUGCACGCCAAUUUCUGUUGAGGACUGAAGAGAAAAUGAUGCUUUCAAUCACUCAUACAUGUUUAAAUCCAUUUCAGACUAAUUAUAAGCAGAAAAUCUGAUAAAGUGCUGACUUUUCUCUCUUCAAAAUCAUGGUGUGCUCGUGCAAUGUAUCGGGUGAAACCAAAAUCUGGAUUGUAUGGGAGGCCAAAGUCAGAAAACAUGGAUAGCGAAGCUGACACGCACAUGAUAGCCGCAGGCCUUGACUGGCGCCUUUUGAAUUUAUUUUUCUCCCUCAACUGUCUGGGCAAAUUGUUUCUAUUCUACAUCCUUGAUGACUGAUGAAAUCGUCACUGAAGUUGUCAUUAAAGACUGAUUGCGUGGUCUUGUUGAGUUGAUUUCCAUAUCUUUUGGCGCAGGGUUCAGAAAUUUUGGUCAACCGACUCUGUUCUCUAUAAAGCACAUAUGUUGAUGAUUCCACAUCGAUGAUGACAGACAUCUUGACAGCAUGAAAGCCUAAAAUCCUAAAAUGGAACGGCUUAAAUUGCUGGUGAUUAUCUCUUUGUAUAAAUUUACAUAUCACAUGUUGGGUUUCUCAUUUUACUGUCAUGGUGUUGGCAUAUAUAUGUGAAUAAUAUA